AAUGUGUCAUCGGACAUGAUGAGGCUCAUCAUUGAGUUUGCCUACACCGGCUUUGUUCCUGUGACACAACAAAAUAUACAAGAUCUUUUUGUAGUGGCCGACAGGUUCAAUGUAAUGGGCAUCAUUAAAGUCUGCAGUAACCUCCUGGAUGAGCAACUGGCCCCAAAAAACUGCAUUGGCAUCUGGUGGUUCACAGACGCCUAUUACUACCCCGAACUGAAACACAAGGCCUUCCUCUUCACGUUGAAUCACUUUGAGGAGGUUUCUGCCACCUCAGAGGAGUUCCUGCGGCUCUCUGCGCAGGAACUUGCUAACAUCAUUGAGAAUGACAAACUCAGUGUGAAGAAGGAGAAGACAGUGUUUGAGGCUAUCGUCCGCUGGAUUGCCUAUGCACCUGAGGAACGCAGAAAAUACAUCUCUCGGCUUUUGUCCAAGGUGAGGCUGGCUUUGAUUAGUCCAGAAUACAUAAUGGAGAGCGUGAAUCCAAACGAAGUGGUGAAGGCGAGUGAAGAGUGUCGACCAAUUCUCCUCAAGACCAUGGAGGCCAUGCUCGAUGCCAGAACAAGGAGGUUCUCCAACUGUAUUUUCUAUAAUCCUUUGGCCCGUCCACGCCUGCCCCCUGCCAUCCUGUUGGCCAUUGGAGGCUGGAGUGACGGCAAUCCCAUAAAUGGCAUCGAGGCAUACGACGUGCGUGCAGACCGCUGGGUCAGUGUAACUGACGAUGAGGUGGUUCCCCGGGCCUACCACGGCAUUGCCUUCCUCAAUGGAUCAGUUUAUCGUGUCGGUGGCUUUGACAGUGUCGAACAGUUCGGCACUGUGCACAGGUUUGAUCUGGGCACGCACACCUGGCAGGAGGUGGCGCCAAUGCAUUCCAGCCGCUGCUAUGUCAGCAUAACUGUGAUGGAUGGGUACAUAUACGCCAUGGGAGGUUAUGAUGGACAUGAUCGACUUGAAACUGCUGAGCGCUAUCAGCCUACAACCAAUCAGUGGACUUUAAUAGCCUCCAUGCACGAGCAGAGGAGUGACGCCAGCUGCACAACCCUCCGUGGCAAGGUCUACAUCUGUGGUGGCUUCAAUGGGAACGAGUGCCUGCCAACGGCCGAAUGUUAUAAACCAGAGACAGACCAGUGGACACUGAUUGCCUCCAUGGGCGACAGGCGCAGUGGAAUUGGGGUCAUUGCCUAUGCAGACCGUGUCUUUGCAGUCGGCGGUUUCAAUGGAACCAGUCGUCUGCACUCUGCUGAGGCCUACAACCCUGACACCGACUCCUGGCACAAUGUGCCCUCCAUGCUGAUCCCCCGCAGCAACUUUGGCAUCGCCGUGAUCGACGACCGCCUCUUUGUGGUCGGGGGCUUCAACGGCUUCUCCACCACCCAGGAAGUCGAGUGCUAUGAUAUCGAAGCGGAUCAGUGGUCUGAUGUACAUGACAUGGAGAUCUCCCGCAGUGCUCUGAGCUGCUGCGUGGUGUACGGACUCAACAACUUGGCCGAGUAUGCUGCUACUUGUUACUGCCCGCAACUCUCCGAUGAGGAGGAUAAAGUGGAGUGA